AUGAGCGACAGCUCGAGACUCGAGUGCGCUAUAGUACGUGUUCCGUUGGACUGGAAUGAUGCGAGUAAGGGAGAUAUUCCCCUUUCCAUCAUUCGUCUUUCGGCGAAAACGGCACCGCUUAGGGAAGGCUACAUGUUCUAUAACCCAGGUGGCCCAGGGGGGUCAGGCACUAGGUAUCUUGCCGACGAUGGAGAAGAAUUGCAAGUGCGAUUAGGCGAAGGCUUGGAUGUCCUCAGGUGGAACCCUCGUGGGGUUAUGGACUCCGGCCCAAAUAUCACCACCUUCGAGACUGACGAAGAGUACCACAAUUAUUGGUCCCAAUAUGAGGGACUCGGAAAGCUCAGUGCACAUGGAAAUCUAGCUCAGUCCACAGAUGUCGAUUUCUUCAUGUCUCAAGUAUCAGCGUUCGAUAAUUUGACAAUGGCUCUCAAUCAGAGGAUGGUAGAGAAGAACGGGGACAAACUCAAAUACAUUGGAACGUGCGCAAACGUACGAGAUCUCGUAUAUCUUGUCGACUCUGCGUAUGGACAGGGCUCCGACAUGUUUCCUGACCGCGUCGGACGAGUUAUACUUGACGGCAUCUAUGACCUGGAAAAGCAGUCUAAUCAAGCGCCCCUCAAAUGGAUUGACACCGACUCGUUGGCCGUCGACCAAGGCCUAUUGAUGUGGGCACAGGCGUGUGUGGCCAGUCCAACCAACUGCACGGUCGCCACGUUACUACCAAAUGCGACAGCGGACCAUCUGCUGCAAAGAAUCGACGAGAUACUGGACACGGCUCAUCGACGAUACAAUGGCUUUGCCUGGGCAGGAGGCCAGGUCAAUGAGUCAAUAUCGAUGAAUGCCGAAAGAUUUUCGUGGGAGUACUUUGUGGGCAAUAUCCGUGGGGCUCUCUACGACUCCAGGACACGGCUAGUCUUGGCGGAUGGACUACCCCGAGUCGCGGCUCUCCAGCAGAAUCAGACAUCCAAAGCGAUUGGAAUCAAUUUUCCGGGCCGGCCCACGACGCAGUAUGGCUCAGUUCCUAACAUCCUCCUCGACGCGGUUGCUAUUGCUAUAUAUUGUAGCGACAGAGUUGAUUCUGCAGGGGAAACAACGGAGGAUCUUUUCAAGGCGUAUGUCACCACCUCACAGAGAACUUCAAACCUCGCCGCUGCGGGUGUCUCUCAGAAUAUGAGAAGCCAUUGUCACAGAUUCACCUCUCGGGCGGUCGAGAGGCUACCACAAGGCAUGAACAAAAAGCCAAAGGACGUUGUGUUGGUCAUAGGGAGCACUGGUGACCCGAUUACGCCGUUUCAGAGUGCGCGUAGACUCAGCUCGUCUGCAUUUCUUGGGUCGCAAGCGCGGCUGCUGCAGUUCAAUGCACCAGGACAUGGAGCUCAUGCAAUAAAAUCGACAUGUAUUGACGACGUCGUGCGCAAGUUCGUCAGAGGAACGCUACCAAACGACGCAGGGGACAACCACGCCGAUGUUGUUUGCGACGCCGAUUUGACACUGUACGGGCUUCCUCCGGCUUCAUGGAGAAAUACGACGCCACCGACUUCGACUGAAGAAACUAGCAACGCGAGUAUAACAAUAUUUGGUUUGAUGCUUCCGCUUUCAGCAUUGGCUUUGGCCAGCAUCGCAAUUUUCUAG